GCGGCGCGGGCGGGCUGGGGGCGGCGAUUGGGUGGGGAGUCUGCGGCCAGGGUCUGGGAGAGGGGGCAGCGGCCACGAGAGCUAAGGCGCGCUGGAUCCCUGGAGGGCGGAGGACCUCCACGGUGCACCCGGCUUUUCCCAGCCACGUUCCAGCGGGGCCCUCCCCCGCGUACCCCCAUUUGACAGAUGAGAAAAUUGAGGCUCCGAGAGGCCAAGUGAUUCUCAAGGUCACACGAGGAAGCGGCAGAGCCAGGUGGGGACGGCUCUGGGUGGCUCCUAGGAAAAGUCCGCCUGAGAACUCCGUACAGGAGCUCCCCCCGUUCUCCAGCCUGGGAGAGUAUGUGUAGGGCCGGGGUAUCUUUCCGUGGGGCAAGGCUCUGCCAAAAUCUGGGAGUGAGGGGAGUCAGGGCGCUGGGGCCGCAGGGCGGGCCCUGCACCGCAAGUGGGAGGGGGGCGACGGAAUGGGCGUGCGCACCCAUGGGGGUGUGUGCAUGUGUGUGGGAGUGUACAUGCGUGGAGAGGCACUGCCUUGCGUGUGUGCACACGUGUGAGGAUGUCAGCGCCUGUGUGGCCGCGGGACUCAAGGCUGGCCUGGCUCAAGUGAACAGCAGGUCCAGGAGGCGACCUCGUCCGCGGGUUUGCAUUCUGGGGUGGACGAGCUGGGUAUGUGUGCCUGAGGGUUUCUUCGUGCAGGUGUGCACAGGGUGUGGGUGCCAUUGUGUGUGAGAGACGGAGGAUGGGAGGCCGGUGCCUGUGGCCCGGUGCGUGUAAGUGCGGGCGCCUACACCUCCACGUAGGUCCCCGGCCUCCGACGAAUAACUUGGGUGUGGAGUGUUUGCCCCUAUCGGGGUGCGUAUGACCCCGCCAGUGACCGGAGUUGCUAAUGGUGUCAUGCACCCACCGGCCACCCUCGGCGCGAGCGCCCCCCUCUGGACACCCUGCUCCGUGCGCGCUCACAAUUCGCCUGUGCGGGGCCGGGGCCGGGGUCAGGAGCCGGGGAUAGGGAGGAAGAGGGCCUCUGGGCGAGCUGAGCCGGGACCCCUGGGACCUUUGCGGAGGUGGCCUGGGAGCGCUCAGUUCCCAGGCUCAGGCUUCCCGCUGACGCUUCCUGGCCGCAGCGGGCUCCCCCCGCCCCAGGAAUGUUCCUCUCCCAUCCAGUCCGCCUCCCCUAGGGCAGGCCCCUGGGGGCUGCCGCAGCCCCGCCUCGCCUUCCCGGGCUCCCGGGAGGGGGCGAGGCGGGCAGGACGCCUGGGUUCUUUCCUCCCCCUCCCAUACCAGGGAGAAAUUCCUCCGAGGUCCCCUCAGGCUCUGGGUUCCCAAAAUAACCCUGCGGGGGAAGGGAGGCUGUGGAGGGAGGGAAGCGGUAGGGGCGCAGAGCCGAGCUGCGGGGUGCUGCAGGUGCCUCUGGGGGGUUCGGUCCGAGCCCGGUGGGAGGCUCCCGGAGCGCAGCCUGGGCCCAGCCCACCCCGCGCCGGCGGCCAUGGCGGGCACCCUGGACCUGGACAAGGGCUGCACGGUGGAGGAGCUGCUCCGCGGGUGCAUCGAAGCCUUCGAUGACUCCGGGAAGGUGCGGGACCCGCAGCUGGUGCGCAUGUUCCUCAUGAUGCACCCCUGGUACAUCCCCUCCUCUCAGCUGGCGGCCAAGCUGCUCCACAUCUACCAACAAUCCCGGAAGGACAACUCCAAUUCCUUGCAGGUGAAAACGUGCCACCUGGUCAGGUACUGGAUCUCCGCCUUCCCAGCGGAGUUUGACUUGAACCCGGAGCUGGCUGAGCAGAUCAAGGAGCUGAAGGCUCUGCUAGACCAAGAAGGGAACCGGCGGCACAGCAGCCUCAUCGACAUAGACAGCGUCCCUACCUACAAGUGGAAGCGGCAGGUGACUCAGCGGAACCCUGUGGGACAGAAAAAGCGCAAGAUGUCCCUGUUGUUUGACCACCUGGAGCCCAUGGAGCUGGCGGAGCAUCUCACUUACUUGGAGUAUCGCUCCUUCUGCAAGAUCCUGUUUCAGGACUAUCACAGUUUCGUGACUCAUGGCUGCACUGUGGACAACCCCGUCCUGGAGCGGUUCAUCUCCCUCUUCAACAGUGUCUCGCAGUGGGUGCAGCUCAUGAUCCUCAGCAAACCCACAGCCCCGCAGCGGGCCCUGGUCAUCACACACUUUGUCCACGUGGCGGAGAAGCUGCUGCAGCUGCAGAACUUCAACACGCUGAUGGCAGUGGUCGGGGGCCUGAGCCACAGCUCCAUCUCCCGCCUCAAGGAGACCCACAGCCACGUUAGCCCUGAGACCAUCAAGCUCUGGGAGGGUCUCACAGAACUAGUGACGGCGACAGGCAACUAUGGCAACUACCGGCGUCGGCUGGCAGCCUGUGUGGGCUUCCGCUUCCCUAUCCUGGGUGUGCACCUCAAGGACCUGGUGGCCCUGCAGCUGGCACUGCCUGACUGGCUGGACCCAGCCCGGACCCGGCUCAAUGGGGCCAAGAUGAAGCAGCUCUUUAGCAUCCUGGAGGAGCUGGCCAUGGUGACCAGCCUGCGGCCACCAGUACAGGCCAACCCUGACCUGUUGAGCCUGCUCACGGUGUCUCUGGAUCAGUAUCAGAUGGAGGAUGAGCUGUACCAGCUGUCCCUGCAGCGGGAGCCGCGCUCCAAGUCCUCGCCAACCAGCCCCACAAGUUGCACCCCACCACCCCGGCCCCCGGUGCUGGAGGAGUGGACCUCGGCUGCCAAACCCAAGCUGGAUCAGGCCCUCGUGGUGGAGCACAUCGAGAAGAUGGUGGAGUCUGUGUUCCGGAACUUUGACGUCGAUGGGGAUGGCCACAUCUCACAGGAAGAAUUCCAGAUCAUCCGUGGGAACUUCCCUUACCUCAGCGCCUUUGGGGACCUCGACCAGAACCAGGAUGGCUGCAUCAGCAGGGAGGAGAUGGUCUCCUAUUUCCUGCGCUCCAGCUCUGUGUUGGGGGGCCGCAUGGGCUUCGUACACAACUUCCAGGAGAGCAACUCCUUGCGCCCCGUCGCCUGCCGCCACUGCAAAGCCCUGAUCCUGGGCAUCUACAAGCAGGGCCUCAAAUGCCGAGCCUGUGGUGUGAACUGCCACAAGCAGUGCAAGGAUCGCUUGUCAGUCGAAUGUCGGCGCAGGGCCCAGAGUGUGAGCCUGGAGGGGUCUGCACCCGCACCCUCACCCACGCACAGCCACCAUCACCGCGCCUUCAGCUUCUCUCUGCCCCGCCCUGGCAGGCGAGGCUCCAGGCCUCCAGCAGAGAUCCGUGAGGAGGAGGUACAGACGGUGGAGGAUGGGGUGUUUGACAUCCACUUGUAAUAGAUGCUGUGGUUGGAUCAAGGACUCAUUCCUGCCUUGGAGAAAAUACUUCAACCAGAGCAGGGAGCCUGGGGGUGCUGGGGCAGGAGGCUGGGGCUGGGGGUGGGAUAUGAGGGUGGCAUGCAGCUGAGGGCAGGGCCAGGGCUGGUGUCCCUAAGGUUGUACAGACUCUUGUGAAUAUUUGUAUUUUCCAGAUGGAAUAAAAAGGCCCGUGUAAUUAACCUUCA